AUGGCAGAUGAGAUAGCAAAUUCGGAUUUCGAUGUAAACAUCCUUGACAGAGCAUUGACUCACCCUAACGUGGAAUUGACUUUUCCGUUACCAACGGACAAGGAAACAUACCUCGAUUUAGAUUCAAACGAAAAGGUGAGCAACAGUUUCAGCCUUUUGAAAAACUUCAUCAAAUUUUUUAGCAAGGUCAAUUACGAUGAAAUUUAUGCUAAUGGCGAGUACAAAUACGCCGUCAGUAAGAUGGGAGGGAAGUUUAAUCAGAAGUCAAAGGAGUUUAUGACGGACAGAUUGAAAAGAACGGACGAAAAAUUAGACGAGAUCGUUUACAAGUUGGUAGACCUGGAAUUGCGCAUGAAUCUCAUCAAAGCAAAGGAUUUUCUGAAGCGUUUUGCGGAUGUAAAGAAGUUUAUGAUUAACUAUUACUCUGCUGAGAAUGAAAAGAAUCUCCCAAAGUUUGGCUCUCCAGGCUUUUUAAAAAUUUGCUACAUCACUGUCAUAAAUACCGUUCGCAAGAUGUUUCCUCAGGGCGUUUGGGUAAACCGACAGCAAAUGAGCUCUCUUUACAAAAGAUAUUUGGAUGAUCCCAUGUCCAUUAUUCUUCUACCCAACCACCAGUCUCACAUAGACUACGUGAUCUUGCAUUUGAUUCUCAUCAGGUUCCAGAUGUCAAUCCCUACGGUUAUCGCUGGAGAUAAUUUGAACGUCGCAAUCUUUGGUCGUAUUAUGAAAGGUCUCGGUGGCAUUUUUAUCAAAAGGUCUUUCAACAAUGAACUUUAUACUGAAAGGAAUUUAACGAACUACGUGGAGUACGUGCUUUUGAAUAAGAUACAUUUCGAAGUUUUUAUCGAAGGUACUCGUUCCAGAGACGGAAAGUUACUUCUUCCUAAGUACGGUAUCCUUAAAACGCUUGUGUCAAUAUAUUUGAAGCAACGUCGCCAGGAGAUGAAUGAGAAGUUUGAUAUGUUAAUGCAACCGAUUUCUAUAACCUACGAACGAAUUUACGAGGCCGAUGGCUAUCUCGAUGAAUUAAUCGGCAGUGACAAGAAGCAGGAAAGUUUCGUUAACAUCCUUUCUAAUGGUGUGUCAAACCUUGUGUAUGGUGUCGAUAGAGAUGAUGCAAAAAAGACAUUGCUGAAGGAUGGUUUUGUGACUAACAUGAAUCGCACUUUGCAUGGUAAGAUCUUUGUGAAGCUUGCUGACAGCUUUACCCUUUCCUCCUACGUCGAAGACCCUAAAAACCGAGUCGAUUACGAGCUUGAAGAAGAUUUAUCGGUGUCUGAGCAAGACAUCAAUUUGAAGAAGCUUGGCUUUAAGAUUUUGCAUGCUGUCAAUGCUGCAUCAUAUCUUCCCGAGUGUGCUAUCGUUGGUAUGGUAAUUCAGACUUUCCACUACAUGUCUGGUAAAACCGAAUUCAACGCUUCUGAGCUCAUUCCAAUGCUUGAUUUUCUCUUGAAAGUGUAUCAAGAAGAGGAUUUGAGCACUACAAACUCUAAGAUUUUGAAGGCGAUCCAACUUUUGGAUGAAACUCAAAAGGUGGAGCUCAUUAAAUCGCAAAUCAUUUCCUUCUUUAAAUUUACUAGGAUCAAUCCGGAGACUAAUGUGGUGAGAAUUGAUAACUCUUUCGAGCUACUUUACUACAAGAACCUUACCAUUCAUUUAUUGAUCCAUAAGUGCUUGGUGUCAUUGAUCCUAUUGAAAACUCUGGAUCGCAUGCAGAUCAAUAAGCUAUUUUACAUCUUCACAGGAUUUUUGAAGAAUGAGUUUUUGUUUGAUUAUAAUUAUAAUCCAAGACAUAACUUGUCGUUUAUUUUGGAAAGUUUUGAAAAUUUAGGCGUUAUCUCAGAUGACCUUAAAAUCAAUGACAGAUAUUUCCAUAAUGUUCUUGCCACUAUCAUAUUGCCUUUUAUAGAGUCCUUUAUGAUCUGUGUGGAUGAACUUAAUAGCACAGUCGUGAAGUUUUAUGCCAACUCACAGAACAAAAUUUCAGAACAGCAACUUAUCAGUGAUAAUUUGAUGCUGAAGGAUUAUCCAACAACAAAAUCCUUGUUGAAGAUUAUACAGAAGGAAAAUGUGAAGAUGUUCGAGAAAGGUAACCUGCAUUUUCACAUCGAGACAUAUAACAAGCAGUAUUUGCUUUCUUUCCUAUUCUAUUUGAACAACUUGAAGUUAAUCAAGAUUUUUAAGAACAAGUCGAAAACAAAAGCAUACGUCAUUAUUAGAAAUCUGCGUGAUUUAAAGUUCAUUUUGAGUUUCUUACAGAGAUUCAUAAUGAGGAACGAAGUGGACAAUCGUUCUCUAAACUACAUGAUUGACAUUGUGGAUAAAAAUUUUGACAGGGAUGCCAAUGAAUACAAGGCUAAGUUAUGA